AUGAGUUUCGCGGUGCCGCCGGUACAACUGAAGGAUAUGGAUUAUCACCAGAUAGCGCCAGUGGUGCCGCCUCCGGGCGCGGUGGCCGUACCGCCCUCCCAAUUGACUGUAGGGGUGAUGCAAGGUACAUUGCAGCACCCCCAACAACCGCAGCCACAACAGCAGCACCACCCCCAAACUGAGGAACAGAGGAUGCAAUGGACCCAGUACCAGCAGUUGUGGAGGCAGCAUGUUUACAUGAACGGUACGACUGGUGGUGAUGGUGGUUUUAGGUGA